AUGGACCUCAUACCGUCAGGGUCAAGGGGACCCGUCCUUUUGCGACUCCAAGGCAGCCGUUCCACGGACGAUGCCAGUGCAGUUCUGGUCGCAGCACAGCAAUGGUCGUUUCCAGUUGAACACUCAAGACAGCAUCCAGACAUCACUCUUUCGGAGGUACGGACGCAAGCUGGCCCUUCAUCGUCGGUACGGCUCACAUCAGCCACAGUAUCGCAUUCUACCGACCGUCUGAGUCUCUUUGUGGCUAAGAGCUCAGAAGCAGGCUCAUCUAUCGAUGCCGGCAUUGUCUCAGCUCAACGCUUCUUGCAUCAAUACAAUCCCGACAUCGAUAUCCCGGACUACAUUCUGUCGCAGCUCAUCUACGACAAUGCACUGGCUCUCGAAGACACAGCACACGAGCUGGACGGAAGCCUCGGUCUCGCAGAUGCCCAAGCGAUCGCAGUGCUGGGGCCAGUUGUCCUCGGACAGAAGCGAACCUACGCAGUCAUCUGUAUAGGCGGAGGCAACCGCGAUUGCUUGCUCCUCCAUCAGCUCGAAGCCGUACCCAGUGACAGCGAGGAGGCCAGUGCGUCAGAUCGACAAAGGUCGCCCUCGACGCAUCCCGAAGAUAAAGCGAAAGUGACCGAGAACAGCAAGUUACGCUUCAUACCAGCACAUCAAGUCGAGCGAAAGUACAAGACGCCAAUUCUACAGAUCGCCUUGUCUCCAAACAAGGAGCACAUAGCCGUUCGAGGGCACAGCGGCGCCAACUUCUUGGCUCUCAAACACAAAUAUGGACAAGACGGAACGCCUCGACUGUUUCUCGAGACAGUCCACCAGGUCGAGUACGGCAUCAACGGCUCGUGUCAGCACCUCGACAUCUGCUUCAGCAAGAGCCUUCCGACACUAGCAGCAUCAGUCGAUCGACUCGGCAACAUUGACUUACACCAUCUCGCAGCAGAUCAUCGAUCAUCGACACAGACAGGCAGAGCGUCAAAUUCGCCCGCUAUCAAUCCAACUGCAAUUGGUGCAAAUGCAUCUGACGACGCGGACAGUCAGAAGUGCGAGUCAGGACCUUCCGCUGCGGUGUCAGAAAGACCAGUGCCGCCAACCUCGUCGCUCGUCACUCGGAGAGUUUCUGCUCAGCUUCUACGGCAGGCUAUGGCUGAAAAUGCCGACGCUGUUGCGCAAGAUGCUGCAGACCAACCCGCUCAGACCACAGACACUUCCACCCUAUCGAAGCAAGGACCCUUCAAGAUCAUCUUUGGAUCAGAUGAACACAACCUCUUCCUUUCAACUCGACACGCUCUGCUGCACAUCCAGCUCGAGGCUACCACAGAUGCUCCACAAGCCGACACCACGCAGCAGAUCACCAUCCUCCUUCGUUCUGCUUUCUGCCUAACUUCGUUCCGAAGGGCUCGCUUCUUUUCCGUAGCAGCGGCCGAGACUGAAUCUGGCCAAUCACUCUUGGCAGUGUGCUCCUCGGACACCCUGUAUUGGUUCGAUUUGCACAGGCCUUCGAAGCCAUUGUUUGCCACCGCCCAUCACCGAGGAGACGAUCCGACACUCUUUCUCGCACAGCUGCCUCCAGUGAGGCAACAAGCACCAGCAGCCUCUCAGCAAGACCAGGACUACCAAGCUUUGAGAUGGUUUCUGUCGUCACGGCGAAACGACAUGGUGUCCUGCUAUACUGUCACACCGCAGCCUCAUCAAGGAUCUGGCACAGACCUAAUCCGAAGCACUGACGAAACUAGCACUUCUUCUCGUGUUCGAUACGUCUUGGAUCCAGCACCGGUCCUCGUCCCGAGCGUCCUAUCCGACCAAGAGCUCCGUAGACCGGCGGCUCCCCCACUAUUCGUCGUUCUCGAUGAGCUUCUGCGUCAGAAGCAAGGUCCAAAUAUACUUCUCAGGCUUGACGUCACGCAUCGCGGCGCCCUACUUGCGCACACACUCGAGAUGGACGUUCGGGAUCCGCCAUCUCGGAGCUCGCGAUCCCAAGUGCGCAGUCUCGAGCUGGAAGUCAUGCAGCCAUCAACUGGCACAUUGCUCUACAUCGAUGAAGUGAAUGAAACUACUUCGCUUCACUAUUGCGCGGAUCCUCUCAGUGGGGUCAAGACAAAGCUGGUCAACUAUGGAAAGCUGUAUCGCUCUCUAUUCUCUCCCGAGGAUCAUGCGGCAUCUCAGCUCGGCCGGACGGACAUAACGAAGGUCACGAAGAACAACAGACUGCUUCUACAUAGCCUACUAAUUGAGCCAAUCAAAGGCAACGCAGCCGUACAUGCGGCGACGAUAUCGCUUGGAGAGCUUAUCAGAGACAUCUCCAGGUACCAGAAGGAUGGCGAUCAAGAUCGGGCAGCAAGACAAGGCAAGAAAUGUUCGUGGUCAACAGCUUUAGACCUCACAGACAGCAAUGGACCCACGGAUGAAACAGCGAGAGCCAUUCUCGAUGUCCGUAGUGACAUCCGACAUGCGCUUUCUUCCCUUGGAAGCUCUUCCUCGCAGCGACUCUGGUCCAGAGCGGCCAGCGUGGUUUCAGAUUGUCACACGAUGGGAAUGGUAGCGGGCAACGGCCAUUUUAGCAACCUGCCUCUUCACAGCAACGACGUUGUCGAGAACGUUCUGAGUUUGUCCGACAGUAAAAUCGAUCCGCUUCCAUACCUACCGACAAAGUCGGCAGUCAAAGAUUGGACCGGUAUGGAGCGUAGCACGACCCAGGCAUCGCUGAGGAAAGCUUCACGUCAGAUGAUGCUGGAUAUGGCACUCGAGACUGAGAUCUUUGUACGACCCAAGGCCCGCAUCUUGGAUGAAGGCGCGCCGACACAGCGUCCGCAGAGACGACAGGGCACCAACUGGACAGCGUCCGAGCAUCGAGACAUCUACAAUUUUGUCGAAGAGCAGGGUGGCACCAUUCCCCCUCCACACAUUGGUAGUGUCGGACUGUCUUUUUUCGCUCCGCUCCGGGGUGGAGACAUUGAAGCGGCUGCAGGUACUGAUGCGGAAGGCAGCAAGCCAGGUCUGAAUGAAGCUGAAGUCGAGUCACUGUUGCCGAGCACCUCAUCGACUGCGCGGCUGCUGCUGGCAGAGUGGCAGCUGGGCGAAGAUCCUGCCGACUACACCUACCUCGACCCCUUCGAAGGGCUGCACAGGUUGCCGCGAGCAAGUCGAAUGGUGGGACCAACGGCACGCGCACGUUCCCGGUCCUUCUCUCGAGCAUCGAGCGUUUCAACAGAGGACCGAUCGAGGAGCCGCAGUCGGAGUCGUAGCCGGAAGCAGUCGGCCGCUCCAUCGUUCUCUCAGUCGGGAGCAUACGCUUCUCAAACGAACUCGCAGGGUACUAUGUCUUCCUAUCCUCCAUCUUCAUUCGGAUGCAGCCAGGCUGGAGGCCCUUGCUCUUCUGCUCCGCCGACACUCAUUUCGCGAAGAAAGCGUCAACACAACGAUAUUGUGUCUCAAUCGCAGCCCAUCCGCGCUCCAGCCCAGAACUUGGAUCAGACACCUGGACGCAACACGCCGACGACCAUGCGCACUUCUGCGGCGCCUGCACAAUCUCAACCGGCAGCGGCAAGGUUGACACCGACAGUUUCACCACCAUCUUCACAGGUAGGGACGCCAACGCAGUCACGAUUUGGAGCGUCGACACAGAUUGAAGCGGGACGUUUCGGUGCACGUCCUGCCAAGCCAGACAAGCCUGCCAAGAAAAAAAAGCGAGCAAGUGGCUUCUGA